AUGGGCAAAAAAGAGAAAUCCAAACCUCCAGUUAGCGCGAAACAGCGUCGGAAAGCUACUCAACGCAUUCUGAAGCUAAAAAAGAAGGGGAAACUUAGUGGAGGACUAGAUGAAGAGUUUACAGAGUACAGACAAAGACGGCAACAUAAACAUGCAGAUCUGGCUAAUAGGGUAUGUUACUUUUAUUUGCUUCUUCGACUUUUAGGUGGCAAUUUGGAUGGAAAUUGUAUUUAAAAGCUAGAAUAGUUUAUUUUUAAGCUUUCUAAAGCGAACUUCAAGUUUAAUUUUGGUUUAAGAGCUGUGUUAUAAUGUCUUAUGUUAUGAUAGACUUACUUACCAUCAAGGUUUAGAUAGAAGAAGACUGGCUAGCAGAUCGAGUGUUUCAUGAUAUGAAUGAAGAUAACCAUGAUUACGUUCCUCUUGAUAUGGUGAAUGAUUUUGAGGAAAGGAGGAGUAAGAACAACGAUAUUAAAGGUGAGAACUCUUAAGAUUAGAUUUAGUUACUGAUAGGUGUCUAAAACAAUAUAUUUUUUAUUUUAAAAGCUGUUGAAAAGUUGUUUAUGGAUGCUUAAGCUUUAAAUGAAGGUGUAUAUGUUAUUAACCGAGUAUUAGUUGUAAUAAAGUAAAAUUCUUGGUUAAAACUUACUUAAAACAAUAUUUUUAGAUGAAGAUCUAGAUGAACUGAGGCAUUUUAAAGAAGACGAAGAGGUUGAUCAAGAGCUUCUGCCACUAAAAGUUAAUGGUGAAAUUGUCAGACGAUUGAAGAAGAAGACGAAGAAGGUUGAGGAAGAUAUUGAUGUUGAUGAAGAGACGGAAACUUCGAAGAAACCGACGAUAAAAGGUCUUCAAACAGAUGUAGAUGAUAUGGAAGUGGACGAGGAGGGUGAUGAAGGUAGGGUUUCGUAAAAUACGCAUUCUGCUUCUAAUAUUAAAAUUUGGUUUUUUCGAAAUUCAAAAGUUUUGUCGUUUUUUCGCCUGCUAAUCAAUAUAAAAUGGCGACAUAAUUUUUUGGGAGCUUGAUAUUAGCUCAAUUUUUUUGAUUUUUAAAAAGUAUGGAUAAAAAUGAAGUUACAGAAAAGCCAAGGGAAGAAGAUUUGUCCAAAUUGACGCCAGUUGAUCGACUCGUUCGUACCAAAGAGCUGAUGAAGGAAACUGAAAACAAAAUCACAAAUUAUGUCAAAAAUUUGUCAGUUGAUCCUCAGGGGCAGGUAGGGAUAUUAUUUUUUUUUAUUCUAAAGAUUUUUUUGGGAACUUGCUAUAUUAUGUUAGGUUUUAAUGAUUUAGGUAACAUUUAUAUAUUUUGUUAUCAAAUUUAGGUACCAAUUUUCAUUGUGUACCAUUUCAGAUGAACUGCCUAUCAGAACUGAUGAAAAUAGCCUCAGGUUUUAAAGUUCAUUCAGCUAUAAGAGAACCAGCUCAACUGAUGGCCAUAGCUUGUCUAACGGAAGUCUACAUUGAUAUUGCUCCAGGCUAUCAUAUUCGACCACUGACUGAAGAGGAAAAGGCACAGUCGAUGAAGAAAGAAACCAAAAAGUUGGUCGAAUUCGAAGAACGAUUGCUUCAGAAUUACCUAAAAUUCUUGACGUCGCUGGAGAAGAACGCUAUGAGUGGGUUUUUUUGGAGGGAACUUUCUUAGGGCUAGAAAUUUCGAAUUUCGUAAAAAUUUUAUUUUUUGGAAGAAACUUUGUUUACAAAUUUUGAAAAUUAAAAUUUUCGAAAAGUUUUAAAAAAUUUGGAAGAAACUUUGUUUACAGUUCACAAAUCGAUAUUUUAGAGCUGGUAAAGCCCUCCGCCUCCCAAAUCAACGAAAAGAACUUCACCACCGAGAUCGGCCUACUUAGUGUCAACUCCCUUGCCAAUUUGAUAGCCAAACUGUCACAUUUCAACUUUGCAGUAAAUCUCAUUGACUGUAUGGUUAAAAUCGCUACUAGUGCUUACAAACCGGUAGUAGAAGUGGCAUCAGCAUCGUUGCGGGAAAUGUUCGAAGCCGACCCAUCAUUCAGGCUGUCAUUGUUUGUGGUCAAGUCGAUUGGACAGCUGGUCGGGUCGAAAAAGUACAAAAUCAGCCAGGAAUUGUUGAACUGCUUACUGGGGUUGAAGAUUAAGGUAAGGCGGGUCUUUUUUUGGAGAAAAAAAUUUUGGGAGGGGUAAAAAAUUUUUUUUUGGAAACGGGGGUGGGGGAAUUAUUUUUUUUGUUUUUUUAGUUUUAACACGCCAAAUUUAUGAAAAUUAAAAAAAAAUUGGGCCGGGUAAAAAAUUUUAGGUGGUGGAAAAAAAUUUUUUUUUAAUUUUAAAAUAAUGACUUUUAGAACAUUGACCGCCGAGACCGUGAAGCUGAAAUGGAAUCGUUGAAAAACAAGAAACAUAAGAUUUUAAAAGAACAUAAGUCAAAAACGGCCAAGAAAUUUGACAAACAAAUGAAGAAAGUUGAAGCGGAUUUGAAAGAGAUAGAGGCUUCGGAAUCAUUGUCUAACAAGUUGAAAACGGUAAGGAUUUUAAACUUUUUUCCAUACCUUUACUCUUGCUUUUAUCCCUACCUUUGCUUUUACUCUUAACCUUGUUCUUCUACACGUACCAUUAUCCUUACCUUUACUAUUACCCCUACUCUUAGAAAUGAGAAACGGGCCGGGCCGGCCUUGAGCAAAAUUGCGAUCGGGCCGGGCCUGAAAAAUGAGCCCGGCCCGUUUCUCAUGUCUACCUAUUCUUACCUCUACCCUUACUCCUACCCCUACUUCUACCCCUACCCAUACCCCCUCCCUCUACCCCUACCCAUACCCCUCCCUCUACCCCUACCCCUCCCCCUACCCUACCCCCUCCCUCUACCCCUACCCCCUCCCUCUACCCCUACUUCUAUUUUCAGCCAUGUCUUUAUCCCUACCUUUAUUUAAACUCAUGGUUUUACCCUUACUUCUACCUCUGUUUCCACUCAUAUUUUUACCCCUGCCUUUAUUUCUACCCAUGCCUUUAGCUCUAUUUCUGCCCCCCCCCCCUAGAUAACCUCCACCACCCCUGCGGUGGUCUAAAUUUGUUAACUUUUUGCUAUUUUCAGUCAACCGAAGUAAUGAAACACCUAUUCGCCUUAUACUUCCGGGUCCUAAAACGAAUGCCCGAGCCUCGUCUGAUCAGCCCCGUCCUAGCUGGACUAUCCAAAUUUGCUCAUUUGAUCAACAUCGACUUCUUCGACGACUUAAUAUCAACUCUGGAAGAUCUAAUCGGAGAGGAACAUUUGAGCACGAUCGACUCCCUAAACUGUGUCAAAACAAUGUGUGUCAUCUUGUCGGCCGAAGGACAGGCAUUGAACAUUGAUCCCAUCAAGUUUUACAAGGAGCUGUAUAAGCUGAUGCCGAACAUUGCUUUCCAAAAGGAUUUGGGUAAGAAAAUAAUUUUUUUGGAAGGGGUGGGAGUGGAAGGAAAGUUUUUGCUAUUUUUUGUUUUGUAAAGAAAGUUUUUGUCAUUUUUGUUUUGUAAAGAAAAUUUUUGUCGUUUUUUGUUUUGUAAAGAAAGUUUUUGACAUUUUUUGUUUUGUAAAGAAAGUUGCUGCCAUUUUACAGUAUCAAAUGUUAAUUAUGAGUUCUGCAGCCUGCGGGUGAUAAUUUCUACAAAAGAUUUAAAAAUAGCAAUUUUUAAUGUUUUGGAAAGAAAGUUCUUGCCAUGUUUUGUUUUGUAAGGAAAGUUUUUGCCAUUUUUUGUUUUUUGAAGAAAGUUCUUGCCAUUUUUUAUGUUUUUCAUAAUUUUGUGCCAUUUCAGACAAGCAGAACACCGAAAUCCGAGCGCUCUGUCAAUGUCUGGACUCUCUUAUUAAUCGACGAAAAAAACAAGUGCCAUUCUCUCGAGUAGUCAGCUACACAAAACGCCUCCUCCAACUCGGAUUCAUGCUCACACCACGCCAAUUACUGGCCGUUCUGGCCACAAUAAGAACUCACUUCAUAACACAUCCAAAACUGUGCACAUUGGUCGAGGACGAUGAGGAUUACUGUGCCGCGGGGCUUUAUCGACCAGAUUUCGAGGAUCCGGACCAUACAAAUGCCCAAAGCACGGAUUUUGUGGCUGAAUUGAACAAAUACUUGAAGGUAUGUUGGAGGGCAUGGGUAGGGGAAGGAUUGAGGGUAUGGUAGAUAUUGAUUUUGGGGGUGGAUAAUAGCAAAAACUUUGUUUACAAGCGAAAAAUGGGGUAGAAAUUCGGAAUUUUGGCUGUUUUUCUUCUGAAAAGAGACUGAUUAGGUACUGUAACACGAAAUAGGAGAAAUUAAAUUAAAUUUCAUAAUUUUUUAUUAUCAUAUUCAAUCAAAAACUUUCUUUACAAGAGAGAAAAACAAAAAUUGUCGAAAAAUUUGGAGAUUUUUUGAAGUUUUUGGCCGUUUCUAUUCUUAAAAUCGGCCGAAAAGGUACCAUUAUGCGAAAAAUAAGCUUAGAUAGUACUACCAUAAGCUUACGAAUACACAAAUAUGUCUAAAAAUUUCUAUAUUAUAGUACCCAAACAGCUACAUCGUCCAAUACGCGAAACAUCUCCUACAACAAGCCCCAUCCUCAGGCCAAGAGAAACUGAACGGCCAAUGGUCCACAAUGAAGCCAUGGGAAUGGUUGAAUAAGGAAGAAGUCAAACAAACCGCUCCUCCGUUCAGAGAAAGCAUCAACACCUUUGCUAAGGUAGGGUUAGAUGAGGGACUUAGCGGGGGGGGGGUAAAUCUACAAUCAGUGUUUUGCCCGGACCGGUCCGGAGCGUUUUCACCGGUCCAGUCCGGCGAUUUUCGAGUCCGGUCCGCAAAAAGUUUUGUUUCGGUCAGUAAUUUUAGGCUUAAGGAUCAAAGAUAGCUUAUAUUACUUUAUUAGUUUUAACACCCAAUUUUAGGCUUAUAUAUUAUCUUAUAUGCUUUAUAUUAUUUUUUUAGGCUUAAAAGUUAACUAUAGGCCUAAAAACUGAUUUUAGUUUUAAAAACAAGUUAUAAGUUUAAAACGCAAACUUAGGCUUCUUUCUUACUUCUUAGACUUAUAUAAAUGAAGUUUAGGCUUUAAAAUAUUGUUCUAGGCUUAUGAAAUGAAAUGUAAGCUUAUAAAGUGACCGUUAGGCUUAGAGAGAAUGUUCUAUGCUCAUAAAGUGAAGUUUAGGCUUAAAACCUAAUUCUAGGUUUAAAAUUCAAAAUUAGGCUUAUAUAUUCAUUUUUUAGGCUUAAAAAAUGUUUUAGGUUUUUAAAAUGAAACUUAGGCUUAAAGCUCAAACUUAGGCUUACGUAUCAUCUUGUAGGGCUUAAAAAUGAAAUUUUAGGUACAAAUUUUUAUUUUUUUCCAUUUUCAGAAGAAAAACAUAAAAUUCUGUUCGAAAAACGUUUGUUCUACCAUCGAUUCAUGGGUACAACAAAAAUAA